UCCAAGCCGGACCCAGCCUGGACUGUCCGCGCUCCGGUUGGUGAGCUCCCGCCUGGCCUGGCCCCAGGUGCCUUGGCCCCAGCUGCCCUUGAAGUCGCCAUGAUGUGGUUCCCACCAGCUGUCCUCUCCCUGAUCCUGCUGCUGCUGGGCCAGGUUGCUCCAAGCAGGCCACAGUCAUUGGGCACCAUUAAGCUACGGCUGGUGGGCCCAGGGAGCAGACCAGAGGAGGGCCGCCUGGAGGUGCUAUACCAGGGCCAGUGGGGCACCGUGUGUGAUGACAACUUUGCCCUCCAGGAGGCCACAGUGGCCUGCCGCCAGCUGGGCUUUGAGAAUGCCUUGACCUGGGCCCACAGUGCCAAAUAUGGCCAAGGGGAGGGCCCCAUCUGGCUGGACAAUGUGCGCUGUGUGGGCACGGAGAGUUCCCUGGACCAGUGCACAUCUAACGGCUGGGGCGUCAGUGACUGCAGCCACACAGAAGACAUUGGCGUGGUAUGCCAGCCCCAGCGCCAGCAUGGCUAUCUUUCUGAGAAGGUCUCCAAUGCCCUUGGACCCCAGGUCCAGCGGCUGGAGGAGGUGCGGCUCAAGCCCAUCCUUGCCAGUGCCAAGCGGCAGAUCCCAGUGACUGAGGGGGUCGUGGAGGUGAAGUACGAAGGACACUGGCGGCAGGUGUGUGACCAGGGCUGGACCAUGAACAACAGCAGGGUGGUGUGUGGAAUGCUGGGCUUCCCAAGCCAACAGCCUGUCAACAGCCCCUACUACAGGAAGGCCUGGAAUUUGAAGAUGAUGGAUCCCAAGUCUAGGCUGAAGAGCCUGACUAAGAAGAAUUCCUUCUGGAUCCACCGUGUCACCUGCUUGGGGACAGAGCCCCACAUGGCCAGCUGCCAGGUGCAGGUAUCUCCGGCCCGGGGCAAGCUGCAGCCGGCAUGUCCAGGGGGCAUGCAUGCUGUGGUCAACUGUGUGGCAGGGCCCCGCUUCCGCCCACCCAAGGCAAAGCCACGGAGCAAGGAUGCCUGGGCAGAGGAGCCAAAGGUGCGCCUCCGCUCUGGGGCCCAGGUGGGCGAGGGCCGGGUAGAAGUUCUCAUGCACCGUCAGUGGGGCACUGUCUGUGACCACAAGUGGAACCUCAUCUCCGCUAGCGUCGUGUGUCGUCAGCUUGGCUUUGGCUCUGCUCGGAAGGUCCUUUUUGGGGCCCAGCUGGGCCAAGGGCUGGGGCCCAUCCACCUGAGUGAGGUGCGCUGCCAGGGGUAUGAGCGGAACCUCAGUGACUGCCCUGCCCUGGAAGGGUCCCAGAAUGGUUGUCAACACCGAAAUGACGCUGCUGUCAGGUGCAACAUCCCUAACAUGGGCUUCCAGAAUCAGGUGCGCUUAGCUGGUGGGCGCAACGCUGAGGAGGGUGUGGUGGAGGUGCAGGUGGAAGUGAAUGGGAUCCAGCGCUGGGGGGCUGUGUGCAGUGACCACUGGGGGCUCACCGAAGCCAUGGUGACCUGCCGACAGCUCGGGCUGGGUUUUGCCAGCCACGCCAUCAAGGACACCUGGUACUGGCAGGGGACGCCAGGGGCUGGAGAUGUGGUGCUGAGCGGGGUGCGCUGCUCCGGUACGGAGCUGGCCCUGCAGCAGUGUCAGAGGCACGGGCCGGUGCACUGCUCCCAUGGCGCAGGGCGCUUCUCAGCUGGAGUCUCCUGCACAAACAGUGCUCCAGACCUAGUGAUGAACGCCCAGCUAGUGCAGGAGACGGCCUACUUGGAGGACCGGCCGCUCAGCCAGCUGUACUGUGCCCACGAGGAGAACUGCCUCUCCAAGUCUGCAGACCUCAUGGACUGGCCCUACGGACACCGGCGCCUACUGCGCUUCUCCUCACAGAUCUACAACCUGGGCCGGGCUGACUUCCGCCCCAAGACAGGACGCCACAGCUGGAUUUGGCACCAGUGUCACAUGCACUACCACAGCAUUGAGGUCUUCACCCACUACGACCUACUCACUCUCAAUGGCUCGAAGGUGGCUGAGGGGCAUAAGGCUAGCUUCUGUCUAGAGGACACAAGUUGCCCCACAGGACUGCAGCGGCGCUAUGCGUGUGCCAACUUUGGGGAGCAGGGAGUGACUGUAGGUUGCUGGGAUACCUACCGGCAUGACAUUGACUGCCAAUGGGUGGAUAUCACCGAUGUGGGCCCUGGGGACUAUAUAUUCCAGGUGGUUGUGAACCCCAAGAAUGAGGUGGCAGAGUCAGACUUCUCCAACAACAUGAUGCAGUGUUGCUGCAAGUAUGACGGGCACCGGAUCUGGCUGCACAACUGCCACACAGGGGAUUCAUACCAAGCCAAUGCUGAGCUCUCCCUGGAGCAGGAGCAGCGUCUCAGGAACAACCUCAUCUGAAGCCAUCACCACACUCCCAGCUGCUGCCUACACACCAGAUACCUCAGCUUACUGGAGCCAUGCCCUUACAGAGCCCUAACUCAGAGGGAAAGGGGCCAGUGCCAAGGGGCACCAAGAACCUGCUCAGGAAGCCUUUUGAAGGUGGUAUCACCAGACCAGAUGGUACUGCUCCCUCAGGAUGGUGCUGGGUCUAUCCCCUAAGGGCCUUUGGCUUCCAGACUUUUUCAAUGAGCUCCCUUCCAUAAGGAGACCCAAACUUUCCUGGAUUUUGCUUCAGAGUUCCCUGCUUCAGAAGCUCUCAGUUCCUUAGGGAUGGACUGUGGACCAGGCCCCCACCUAAAUGGUGCUUUGCAAAUGUCCUGGAGGUAGAGAAGACAAAGGACCAAAAUACACAGGAGGUGGGGGCCAGUUCUCCACUAGGAACUCAGUGCAACACAGCUUGUACGAAAGUCACAAGUGGCGGAAAAGUUGGUAAAUUCAGUCUCUUGCUUUAUCUGUCCUCAUUUAGAACUUAUCCCUCAUACUCUGCUAAACAUCUGUUCGUUAGGGUUUUUGUAUUUUACUCUACCACCCAUGUAGGGGUUUCUAAUAUCCCUGGAAGCUAAGGCCUCAGGCAUCCCCUUAUCUCCUAAUGCGGCUGUACCAUCAGUUACUGAGUGCUCAAGAAGGGACAAGUUUCACAUAGGUGGCCAGGUCAGGACUUCCUGCCGAGCAGCGAGAAGACCAAGCAGAAAGACUGCUGCAGUAAUAUGGACCCCAGUUCCUGCCAGGCCUCUGCCAAG